UUGUUUUUCCGUAUUGUAGAGUAGUAGUGCUAAGACCACAUAUUUUUUAGUUGCUGAGUAGCACAGAUAGAAACCAUGCACACUUAAACAAACACACAUGGACACACAGACAUAGGCAGAAGCACUCUUGUACAGAGUGGAAGAUCUAUGCAAACAACAAUCACAGAGAGCUCUGGCAGCAAUACUCGUACUACCAAAACCCGCCAACUGAUGAUCAAGACAAAAAAAAAAAAAAAAAAAAAAAAAACGAAAAAAACAACAGCAAAAAACACAAAAAAAUAAUAAAGUCUGAAACGACAGACAUAAGACCAGACCCAUAGAGCAGUAUUGGACGCGUGUUUAUGAGGCAACGAACGACAAGCGCUCAAAAAUUCAACGCCAGCCACAACACAUAACUCAAAAAUGAAAAAAAAAAUGGAAAAAAAUUAGUUUGGUUUCGUUUCGUUUGACGGCAAUCGAAAGAAAUUCAAUAAAAUAAAAAUUUCAAUAAAAUUAAAUACCAACCAACAACAAAAGUGUGCUUUAAACAAAUUUUGUUGAAAAUUGAAAAAUUUUUUGAUUUUGAAAAGUUUCGGAAUUAUAUGGAUUUGAUGUUUGGUGUUUUUCCCACCCAAACUUUUCAAAAGUAUAACAGUUUCAGAAAUUUUUUGAAUCAAACUUAAAGAAUAUCAAAUUGCAAAACGUUCAAUAGCCAGCCAUCCAGUCAGUCAGUUAAGCAGCCGCAGUGCUUGUCGUUGAGUGUGUCGCACAUAAACACACACCUCUCUAAGUAAACGGAAAUAAUUAUUAACAACGGCCCAAAUGCCAAAUAAAAGUGAAAAAUCAAUCAAAACCUACAACCCAACAACAACGUCGUAACAACAACUAAUCAAACAGCGACAGUGACAAAUCCAAUAACAACAACUACUACUACCCCGCACGGCGAAACAUAAACCUCUAACAAAUUCAAAUUCACACUGAAAUCAUUAUUAAAUCAAUGCCCCCGUCAGCUUUGCGCGACGAUAGUGACGGACGGGCCUAGCAUAGUAAUUACACCCUACGGCCAUACAAGUGGCAAAAUAAGGAAUUCCUCUGCAAACUUGGCUAACAACAAGCACGCACACACUCACACACCCCCGUACGGAUAUUUUAAGCUUGGGAGUUUUGUCUGCCCAUCCAAAACAACGCCAGACCCCUGGGCCCUUUUAAGUCAACCAGCCAACCAACCACCCACAAACGGAGAGCACGUGCGGCCCAACAAUGACAGCAGAGGCGGAAAGUUUAUUGGCACCCAUAAGUCGCAACGGCCACACCAGGGCACCGUCAUCCACUUCCACGGCGGAAAUUAUUGAGUCGGUGCCCUGCUGUUGUCAGGGCCAUUGUCAACAGCCGUCGACGAGUGCGGCCAGUGCCUCUGCCACAUUGUGUUCCAACUCAUCGGAAUCAUGGUCAUCAUAUUCCGUUCAUCAACAUCGUAGCUGUUGCCAUCAUGCCUGUGAGUGUCCGGUGACGGCAGCAGAAUCAUUCAGUUUCCUGCCUCAAACAUCCAAUGCAAAUUCGACAUCGAAUGCCGAUGCCACAGAAUCGGUGACACUGCGACAGGGUGAUAUUUCAGCGUUUCAAGGCUAUGGCUCCGAGGAUGAAGACAGUGUUCUGCGGUACUCCUUCAAAGGCAUACCGCCCGAAUUGUAUUCGGCCAAAAAGGAUUUCAUCUAUCGAAGGCCAUUGGUUGAGAAACAGUUGGUCAUUAAGAAAACCUGUGAGUGGUGGUUCUACCGCAAUAAGUGCAGCAACAUGUCGACCCACUGGAAACACAACGCAUUUCUCAUACUCACCACCUGCCUAUUUGUACUCCUUGGUUUGAUUAUAUUUUUUUCACUGCCGGUCAAGGAGACCAUCACCACCAGACCUCCACACAUAAAUGCUGUUAGUAAUUGGUCAACCACAACCACUAGCAUAGCACUAACAAAUCCCUCACGGAGUGAAGGGAAAAGAACAACGACGACGACGACAACACCGACAUUAAGUACCCAUACGACGACGACGACAACAACUACAACAACGAAGACGAUAAUAGAUACAGUAACUGAUGAUGAUGGAGGUGGCGGUGGUGGUGACACAAUUAUCGAUACAAUCGAUAGACUAUACGAUAUAACCGAUAUUACCUCCUAUAGUAAUCAGACAUUUGAAGGUGACGAAGAAUCGUGGGGUAUCGGCGAUGAUUUAUCAAAUGAUAUAGAGAAUGACAUCGAAGAUAUUAGCCAUAGUAUACCAGAUGAAUAUACCAGUGAUUUUGUGACGCCAAUAAAAUUUCACAAUUUUACAUUGAAUGCCGAAGAUUUGUUAUAUGAAUCGAAACGCAAUAGAGAUAAUAGCAAUAAUAAUGAUUAUUUUUCCGCAUUUAGUGGUACGGGAACAUUUCGUAGUAAAUCUAGUCAAAUCUGGGAUCCUCAUCCGGAAUAUAUAUUCAGUGCAUUUGGCAAACGUUUGCAUUUGGUAUUACAUCAAGAUACCUCAUUUAUACCGCCAGAAACGUUUAGGGUCAUUAACAUUUUAAAUAAUCGCAGCGAAGAAAUGGAUCUUGAGGAGGGUCAUUAUCUGGGCUGCUAUUAUAAAGGUCAUGUGGAAGGUGAUGAUCAAUCAGCGGUGGCGGUGUCACUCUGUCAUGGCAUGACGGGUUAUAUCAAAACAAGUUUCGGUUCUUUGCUCAUACAACCGGUGAACAAUCAAUCGUUUAACGACUCGAACAACCCCAGCGCCUCUGCAGCCACCUCUGAGAUCUUACACAAAGUCUGGCGACAUUCGCGUCGCAAUGCCAGACACACUGUCUCCGCUCUUGACAUCGAUUUGGGUGAAAUCGACAAGCAGGGGAAUAUGCCCAAGCUGCGGCGUAAGAAACGCAACUACGAAGGCAAUCAGUAUACGAUCGAGCUGUUGGUGGCCGUUGAUCGGACCAUGAAAGAGUUCCACAAAGAUGAUCUGACGCCGUAUAUUCUGACGCUGAUAUCGAUUGUGUCGAAUGUUUUUGCCGAUGCGAGCAUUGGAAAUCCCAUUAAAAUAUCCGUUGCCAAUAUUUUGGUAUUGCCCGAUUUUAAGAGGCGACGAAAAUCCGGUUCAUCGAAUCAAACGGUCUUGGAGGCGUUUUGUUCUCAUGUAGCCACAAAUGGUUAUCACUAUGAUACGGCGAUGCUAAUAACAAGAGAUAAGAUUUGUCGCAAAGAUCGAGAAACCAAAUGUGAUACAUUGGGUCUGGCUGAACUUGGCACUGUUUGUCGUCGCAAAUCCUGUUCCAUUGUACAGGACAAUGGCUUACCGGCCGCCUUUACCAUUGCCCAUGAAUUGGGUCACAUUUUAAAUAUGCCACAUGACGAUGAUUAUCGUUGCAAACAAUUCAAUAGACCGGGCGUGAAGAGACGUCGCCACAUCAUGUCCAGUGUUAUGGAACGUGAUAUUCAUCCAUGGUCAUGGUCGGAUUGUUCGCGCCAUUAUGUCUCGGAAUUUUUUGAAAAAGAAGAUACAUCCUGCCUUGAAGACACACCCACAAAAUAUGUGCCCAACUACAAUACACUGCAACCGGGACAAAUCUAUUCGCUCGAUCAACAAUGUCAAUUGAUACAUGGCAAUGAAUCGGUAUUUUGUCCCCAGGAAGCCGACUGCAAACGUCUCUGGUGCAAGUCGCACUACAGCCACACGAACUGCCGUUCCAGUCUCUUGCCAUGGGCCGAUGGUACACCGUGCAAUGACAACCGCUACUGGUGUAUGAAGGGUGAGUGUGUACCGCGUGAUAAUUUUCAGACACAACCCAUACACGGUGGCUGGGGUGCCUGGAGUGCAUGGAGCCCGUGCAGUUUGACAUGUGGUGGUGGUGUACAGGAAAGUCAACGGGAAUGUAAUAAUCCCUUCCCGAAAAAUGGUGGCAAGUAUUGUACGGGAGCAAGGAAAAAGUACAGGUCUUGUAACACACAGAAUUGUCCACCUGGUACGAUGGAUGCUCGCGAGCAGCAGUGUUAUCAAAUGAAUGGUCGACGAAUUGGCAUUAAGGGUAUUGCUCCGGAUACCAAGUGGAUACCGAAAUAUGGAUUAUCUUCCCAUGAUAAAUGCAAUUUAUAUUGCCGUGGUGAAAAUCGCAAUACCGGCUAUUUCCGUUUGGCCGAGAAAGUCAUCGAUGGCACCACAUGUUCGUUCGAUACAUUCGAUAAAUGCAUUAACGGUGUUUGCCGGCCGGCUGGCUGCGACAACGAACUCAAUUCCAUAGCCAAAUUGGAUAAAUGCGGUGUCUGUGAAGGACGCAAUGACACAUGCCAAGACAUUACCGGACGUUUUUAUGUCUCUGAUUUAUUGAAAGUGCCAAAGACCAAAUCAUAUUUCUAUCAUGUUACGACAAUACCCACAGGUGCUUCCAAUAUUGUCAUUGAACAACCCGGUAAUCAUGAUGAAAACUACAUUGUGUUGCGCGAUGACCAGGGACGAUCAUUGAUGAACGGCGAUCAGCUGUUGACGGCCUAUCACAACAUCAGCUAUUAUGCUGGAGUUGCAUACGAAUACAAUGGUUCGAACAGUACCAUUGAGAGGGUCAAUACAACCUAUACCAAAAAACUGAAGAGGGAUUUAAGAGUUGAGCUUAUUUCUCUAACCUCACAUAAUCAACGUGACAAUGAUACCCUGCUAUUGACCUAUUCCUAUACCGUGGACAAAUCAUCCAACUAUGUAGAACAAGAUGUGGAAAUCUAUCGCUGGGAGAUGCAACAAUGGAGUAUUUGUGAUUCCCUGUGCCAUGGCAGAAUGCAUCGGACGCCGGUGUGCAUUAGUACGGCGCAGGGUGUACAGGUGACGCCGCAACUCUGUGACAUUGAAGCCAAGCCGCCAACGGAAUACAGAGCCUGUAAUACAGAUUGUGUUUUGACUUUAAAUCUUACUGGUAUUUCGGAAUGUUCGGCCCAGUGCGGUCAAUUGGGUACACGCGAGAAAACCUAUCAUUGCAUACAAACCUUCACGGAAUUCGAUCGUUCGAAUAUUGUUGAUCUGAAAUAUUGUGCCGCCAUCUAUGACAUUAAAACCAAUGAAGAGUGUCGGGAAGGUUGUUGGAAAUACACCGACUGGAUGCCGUGCUCACGUUCCUGUGGUUAUGGAGUUCGGACACGCGGCGUAGCUUGUUACUUCAAUAACUCGUUUGUUCACGACGAAUAUUGCAAUGCAAAAACUAAAGCGAAUUUGCAUGAAAUCACAGCUAUGUGUAAUAUGGAUCCAUGUCCGACCUAUACGACCCCGAAAACCCCACACAUUGUACCCAACAAUUGGGCCACUUCCGAUUGGGGAGAAUGCGAUGACAAAUGUGAGAAAAACCGAACUGUGGUCUGUCGUCAUCCCCAGGGCAUUGGAUGCAGCAGUGACAAGAAACCGAUUAGCCGAAGAAAAUGUUGCGCCAUCAAAUACGUUUCGAAUUGGUCGGCGUGUUCGGUACAAUGUGGCACCGGUACACGGCAAAAGGAAAUGCAUUGUGCCCGCGUCUAUAAACCGGAAAUCAAGGGAACGCCACGUCGCCGAGAAUUUAUCGAUCCGAGCUAUUGUCGGCACUUGCGUGUGCCCAAACCCAAACGUACCCACAAACCCUGUAAGGUUAGCUGUAAAUGGUCCGUUUCCAAUUGGUCACAAUGUCCCGAAGACUGCAGCGAAGAGUAUCAAUCGCGCUCGGUGUAUUGUGAGUCGAUAGUUGGCAAUCCGAUAAGUCAUGUCUACUGCGAUGCUUCGAAGAAGCCGCCCGAAAAGAAGAUCUGUAACAACUGUGUUACACGGGAAUACAAUACAUUGUCAAAAUGCAAUUGUGAAGGCUAUCGACGUAAGCGCGUCUUCUGCUACAAGUCGCUACAUCAACGCAUCACCUGUCCCACAAAAGAGAAAAUCAUCAAAGAGAAGUGUCGACCGCCCAGCUAUUGUUAUCCAUCCUCGUGCUACGAUCUACGGCGUUUCCACAACACCAACGAGGAUGGCGAGUACACCAUUUAUGUCAGAUCGAAACCGAAACGCAUCUACUGCCACGACAUGGCAUCGGCAUCACCCCGAGAAUAUGUAACUCUCAAUUCCACCGAAAACUAUUCAAUCUACUAUGAUCGCAAAACUCGCAACCCUGAUCUAUGUCCACCCGAUUCGAGACAAUGGGAAUAUGCGGACCUUUCGUUACAAUCGGGUCGUACGUCAUUCCGUAAGAUACGCAUCGACAUCUUUAAGUUGCAAGUCAUUGUGGAUGAUUUUACGUUUGCCGAUUCGAUUGGCUAUCCCCAGCCCUACGGUUCGGCGGGAGAUUGUUACAAUCGCCGGAAGCUUUGUCCGCAGGGUGAUUAUUCGAUAAAUUUGGCACAUACAGGAUUUCGGAUACGACACGGUGUUACCUGGGUUGCCCAGGGUAGUCAUGUGGUCAUAAAGGAAUCACCAUCGAAUUCCAUGCAUUCCCGGCGGGCCCUGUGUGGCGGCUAUUGUGGUGGUUGCCAGAUUUCCACUGAUUCGCCUCUCUUCCUGGAUGUGUGAUGCUGCAGUUGGCGAAUGGGACAACUCAGCCCCCCUUUUCUUUUUUGUGGGCAGUUUCUUAAAACUGCAAUUGUUUGGUGCUAAAAACAAAACAACACACAACUGUUUUCGAUUUGCUGUGCAACUGGUGAGGGCCUCUCACCAGGUUCAAAACGAAUGAAAUCGAAAUUUGUAUUUUAUGCAUUUAUUCCUUGCUAAACAAAAAGUUCCUAUUGAUUUGUUUUGAGGAUUUUUCAAAGAGACACUAACUACGAAUUUACAACAAAAAACACACCCACACACACGAAACAAAACAGAAAAACCCUGGAAAUAGAAACGGGAACUUUUUGGGGGAUUUUAAAACAAACAAAAAAUACCGAGAAACAACAACAAAUCCCAAAAUGAUUUGUAAAAUGGUUGGCGGCAAAAAAGAACAAAACAAAAUUGCUGUCGGCCACCAGCGACAAGACUACCAUGAAUCCUUACCAAAAAACAAAAAUUUAAAACAAAUAAAAAAAUGAACGAAAAAAAUCUUCCCCAAUCCUUAUCCCUCCCAAAACAAAAUGCCAUCACAUUACUCAUCUCCUAAGAAACCAACAAUUCCUCCAAACAAUCCUGCAUCCCCCAACCCAAACCCUUAGAAAAAACCAAACCCUAAAACUUUCACAUUUCACAAAAUUUAGUCUCAACAGAAAAAAGGACUCUUGAUUUCCGCCUCCUUGUCUCUGGGAGACAAGGAUUGAAAAGAACCAGGAAAUGAGUCAGAAAAAUGGUCUUUGUUCCCAACACUGACCCCCUCACGGGUUGAGGUUAGGUUAGAUGGAGGCAACAUAGUCCCUAUGCACAAAUAAUAUUUAUUUCGUAUUUUUUUUAAUACCACACUAAAGUUGAAUUUUAUCAGCUUUUAUAUAUUUAUAUACAAUACUAUAUAUGUAAUAUUAUUAAUUUUUAAAUAGUUUAUCUAACCUUAACAAUUUUUUUUUAAUUAAUUCGAAAAACAGAAAUCCCAAUUUAUAAUCUUAAGUAUGGUGCAAAAAGAAAACGAUAUAAAUAGUUGUUUAUUUUUAUGAAAAUUGAAAAUUCAAAAAAAAAAAAAUAAAUAAAUAACAAUGGCAGUUAAGCUUUUUGGCUUUUCUGCUGGCAAGGCUUUGAAAUUUUUGAGGUUAUGUAGUGUUAUUUUUUAAACCCUCGUUCCCUUGCCUUAAUAUUUAAUAAAACCCACAUACGUUUAUAGUAUUACAGCUAUAACAAUUAAAAAAAAUAAUAAUAAUAUUUCAAAUAUUAUCUGUUUAAAACUAACAAUUCAAUAAUAUCUGUGUUCAAAAAGAAAAAAUCGAAAAUCCAAAAAAAAAAUAAUAAUAAUAAUUACAGGGUGUUCCAGAAUCUAUGAAUAAAAAUGAAAUGUAGCCAAAUGAUGUUAGUGAUGUUUUGCGAAAAAGAAUAGGAAAUUCUGUUAAUAUGGGUGAUAAUUUUUCCAUAGAGGACGAUUUUAAGAUGAGGUCUAGCUUACCUUAAUUUUUGCCCCAAGGCAAAAGCAGUUAUUUUCAUAUUUCAUCAGAAAUUUGCACUUAAAAAAUUGGCAGCUAAAAACAAAUUAUUGUGCUCCAAAUUUACAGCCAUCCCAAGAACGUCGCAAUAUCUUGAACGCAUUUGCAUUGCCAGGAAAUUACUACACUCUUAUAGCUCAGACAUAGAAUACAGAUGUCGUUCAAGUCACCAUAAAUUGUCCCUGCUUUUAGUACUUUGACUCGGUUCAGUAAAGCUCUGAACCAAUCAGUAGAUAGUGAAUGGCGUAACUCAUCAAAAAUGCGGUAGGCACAUAAUGGACGUUCCUGAUUGGUGACCGUUGAACUACUCCAAAUAUUCUUGACAAUUACGGCUGCAUUUGACACCACCUUUCUAAUUUUAGCCCUUUCUAAACAUUCAGCAAUUGACAGCAGAUGUCAGUAAGUUAUAUGGUUGUUGUCCUGACUCUUUUCAGCGAAGCUCCAUAUUGAUUAGUAGACAGUAGAUGGUGUAACUGAGUAAAAAAAUGUAGUAGGUACGUAAUACACGUUUUGCACUGCACUCCGAAUAUUCUUGACAAUUACGGCUGCAUUUGACACCACCUUUCUAAUUUCAGACCUUUCUAAACAUUCAGCAAUUGACAGCAGAUGUCAGCCAGUUAUAUGGUUGUUGUCAUGACUCUUUUCAGCGAAGCUCCAUAUUGAUUAGUAGACAGUAGAUGGUGUAACUGAGGAAAAAAUUUAGUAGGUACGUAAUGGGCGUUUUGCACUGCAAGGCAAUACGAAAAGCAUAUCUUCAGGCGCCGAAAAUAAUUAUAACCUAUUUUCUGCAUUGCCACGGGGACAAAAAAAUAAUGAAUUAUUACCUUUAAAUUUACAAGGCAAAAUAACUUUUUUUAUACUUACCGAAUAAUGAGCAACUAUAACUUAUAUACAAGUUCCCGAAGGAUACACGUUUGAAUCCAAGAAAAAUUUGCAACAAGCAAUAUUCUUAAGUACCAGUUGUUCAAAAAGGAAUUAUAAAGCUGUUCCCUCCCCCUCCACGAAAUAAGUAACAGUGGACUGGUUGCUUGUUCAAAUCUUAAAAAAGUAGGAAAUACAAAGAGUUCAGGUCAUUUUGAAAUGGAUUAAAAGUUGGCUUAUUUGUAAAAAUAAGUUGAAAAAAUGACUUUGAAGGAUCAAGUUCACUGGCCCAUUUUUGUGAAUCUCUCAAUUGAACUAUUACCCAACACUAGUUCCCAAAAUUUCCAUGCUAGUUUUCGCGUCCCAUAGAGUAAUGUUUUCCUGACAGUAAUAAGGCAUUCCUAGGAAGCACGGAAAUCGCAACUUUUUGCUGGAAUAUACCACUAAUGUACCAACAGUAAUUUCUCUAGUAUUUCAUUUUCUUUUCAUACAUUUUGGAACACCCUUUAUAAUCAUAACUAUAGCAUGUUAUAUUUUUUUUAAAUAAAACCAACAAAAAAAGUAUUUUAUUUUGUAAACUCCCUGACAACCCACUACCAAGAAUAUGAAUUUGAUUGGUUUCUAAGAUAUUUCUUAAGCCAAAUAGUUAAUAUCUCUAUUUAUGGAUAAUAAAACAAAAAAAAAAAACACAACUGCCAUAUUAAGAAAAAAGUACAAUUUUUCCACAAUAUCAUUAAAAAAUUAAAAAAAAAAAUAUUUGGCUAAAAUGAAAAUUUUUGAAAAUUACAUAAAAAUAAGCAAAAACGCACACACACACAAAAUUGCCAUAAUUUGUAGACUAGUUGUUCAAUUGCAAAGGUAUUUUAAUGUAAAUGUAAUUCUUUUGUUUUUAAAUAAAUUUAAAUAACUUAAAAAAAUUGUAGCUUGACAUAGACACACAUUAGGUGCCACCAUUUCCAUUACAAAAUGUUAUAUUUCAAUAUACCCCCCUUAACUGCCUAUUAUUAUAUGAUAAUGUCCCCACGCCCCCUGAUCCCCCUGUCUCACACAUUUCGAGCUAUGUUUUGUUAUAUUAACAUGAGAAUCUCUUAAAACUCGAAACCCACUACUGUCUUCUGCCCUGUACUAUAAUACUCAUAGAAUUAAAGCAAAAAGCCAAAUCUCAAUAAUGAUAGCAGGAAUGGUGGACCGAACCCACAAUAAAAGGUCUAUGUCAAAUUAUUAUUAUUAAAAUCUUGUAAUAAACAAAUCUUUUUAAUAUUUGCAAAUGGAUUCUUUAUUUGGAAUAUCAAGAACAUCUUACAAUGGAGAAUCCAUUUGCAUCUAAGAAAAAUCACUUAUUUUCUGCUUCUUAAAUGAAUAACCUCUUUUUUUGUAACAUAACAUUUAUUUUUUGUCAAUUUUUUUUUAAUUUAGUUUAAUUUACAAUUAUUACAUUUGUUGUAUACCACAUAAGCAAUUAUAGAAAAAAUCUUUUAAAACUAUAUAUUUAUGUUAAAAAAAAAAACAAAAUCAAAAAAAAAAAAUAAAAAAAUGCGAAUAACUUUACUAUGUCAUUCUGUGUAAAUUUAUGAAUUAAUUAAUUUUUAGUUAAACGUCCACAAAAAUAAAUUUACAUGUAUUCACCAUCCAUACACAUACACCCACACAAUCAUAAUUGUAAAGAAUUUUCAUAUGCACACACACACAUAUAUAUAUUGUAAAACUAUUUACAUAACCAAUCAAUCAUUCGAUAAAAUUGUAAUAAAAUUAUUCAAAUUUUUAUUUGAAUUUCAAGAAAAAUGAA